UCACAGCUGCUUGCAUCAUUCCCCUAAAACUGAGGCUUGACAUCCCUCCGAGAAGAGCAGGCCACAACACGCAGCAAAAAAAAGAUCAAACCUCGUCAUAUCUGGGAAAUAGUGCUAUUAAUCAAUUUUUCUGGAAUUUAUAUCAUACCGGUUGAUAUAGAUGAUGAUGAUGGCUGUAGUUUGCGCCUUUGUGACACUCGGUGUCCUCGCGCCGGCUUUGGGAGGUGAGCACUCUCUGUUUUACACCUACACGGCUCUGUCUAAGCCUAUUGAUCUGCCUGGAAUCUACGAGUUCACUGCACUGGGCAUGCUGGAUGACCGAGAACUCGACUACUACAACAGCAAGACACAGGCUAAAAUUCCUAAACAGGACUGGAUGAAAGAGAAGAUGGGGCAGGAUUACUGGGAUAAAGGAACUCAGUCCCGCAAGAGCAAAGAGCAGUGGUUUAAGGUCAACGUGGACAUCCUGAUGGAUCGAAUGAGGCACAAUAAGUCUGACCUUCAUGUUCUUCAGUGGAGACAUGGCUGUGUGGUUGAAGGUGAAAAUGGAGACGGAACAUUUGUGAGAGGAAUUGAUGAGUACAGCUACGAUGGCUCGGAGUUCCUCUCCUUUGAUGAGGAGAACUCCAGGUGGAUUGCUCCAGUCCCGGCUGCUGAACCGACCAAAAAGAAAUGGGAUGAAGUGCCCAUCCUUAACACAUACACCAAGAGUUACCUGGAGAAAGAGUGUGUGGACUGGCUCAUCAAGUUCAUGGAAUAUGGACAAGAUGAAGAGAGACAGCAUUUCAGUCAAUCUCCCCCAGAUGUGCAUCUACUUACAAAGAAAUCAGUGACUAGCAGCAAACAGCUGAUCCUGACCUGCCUGGCCACAGGUUUCUACCCUCCAAAUGUGCAAAUGCAGCUGAGAAAGUCCAGAACUUCUCUGCCUGAACAUCUGGUAACUUCUUCAGGAGUCAGACCCAAUGGUGAUGGCACCUACCAGCUGAGGAAGAGUGUGGAGAUCCUGGAGAAUGAACUGCCACUGUAUGAUUGCUUUGUGAACCACAGCGCUCUGGAUGAGCCUUUAAUUAAAUCUACAGAUUGCAAAGACUGCAAGAUCAGUUUGGGCAAAAUCAUUGGAGUAUUGAUUUCACUUCUGUUGCUGCUGCUUGUGGUUGCUGGUGUCAUUUAUAUUCUUUAUUCCAAAGGGAUUAUUCCUCUCCGACACACAGCAACGAAUGUACCGAGAACCGAGAAUGGAAAUGUGGCAUAUAUUCCAGCUCCUGUAGCUGAUCCAGAAGCGAAUGGACACGCUAAUGGACACACGAAUGGACACGCUAAUGGACACACGAAUGGACACGCUAAUGGACACACGGAUGGACACGCUAAUGGACACACGGAUGGACACGCGAAUGGCCUCAACUAAGCAGCAUAAAGACGAGGAUCUCAGACAUGAAGAUAUCACUGUAUUCAUUUCAAUUCUAUCACUGCUGUUACACUGAUCAGCCAUAACAUUAUGACCACCUAAUAUUUUGUUGGUCCACAUUUUAAUUAUUUGUAUAUUAGAAAAAUGGAAAUGGAAUUAGAAAAAUUUUAUUUCAUGUAUAUAAGGUUUAUGGACCAAAAAUACCAAAAAGACGAACAUUCUGUGUUAUUAAGUUUAAAUAUUAAUUUUAAGUUAAUUAAAAGGGGUAACACAGGGUGAUAAUUUUACAUUUCAUUCUUUAAAAACAGUUAAAGCAGAGGAUAAAAGUUGCAUGGUCAAGUUAGAUGGUUUUUUUACGUAUGACCAGCGGCUACACCACCCUACACCAGCCAGUGGACAUUACACACGUGCUUUGUUUCAAAACUCACUCAGAUUCAGAUUUGACAACCAUUCACGUAAGCCCUCGGUUAUGUCAGUUAGAAUCUGGUAAAAAGGUUCCCUGUCCUUGCCUCUGCCUUUCUUCAUAGACAUUCAAAGAAAUGAGAUUUAAUUGUUUGUUUUCAUUUAUUUGUAUGGAAUUUUUAACAAUUUUAGCAUUUACAGAAAUAUAGCAUUUAGGCACAGGCUUUAUUUAGGAACAUGUAGGAAGUUGUUUUAGUUGCUUUUAAUUGGCAGCUUAUCAUUUAUACAAUGUCAGUGAAGCUAAUGUCAGUGAAGCUAAUGUCAGUGAAGCUAAUGUCAGUGAAGCUAAUGUCAAUAAAGCUAAUGUCUCAGUUAGCAUUUGCAUUUUAAUGAAAGCUAAUUCAUUAGCUUCUGACGAUCUGACCGGACAGCAGUAUAAGUAAUAAUUAGUGUUUGUUGGUUUGUAGACUGUUUUGUUAUUUUGUUUAAAUGAGCUCAGAAUUUCUGCACUAUUUUAGAAGUUUAUCAGAACAUUGGCAGUUUCAGUGUUUGUGUCAUUGUGAUGAUCAAGAGUUGUGAUGCUUUCACCUUCAGUGAGUUUACACUUUAUUAUGUUUUUGUCACACCUUUAAAAGUAAACAAAAAAUUUAAUGAUUAAGUUUAUUUUCUGUUAAUGUUCAUGUGAGAUUAUCUGUGAAGAGCUGAUCACAUCCAGGGUGUUGAUGAGGGUAAAUCCAGUGAGUUCUGAAUGAGUAGAUAUUGAGACAUGGACAGCUAAAUGAAGUGAUCUCAAGAAUAUAAGAAACUCAAAUCUUUUUUUUUUUUUCCAUUUCAUUGUCUGUACACUUAUCCGAUCUAUCCUUGGGUCAUGGGGACCGUAAGAAACUACAGACUGCCUCAACUCAGAUUCCACUCCACAGUACACAUCUGAAAGAGCUCAUUCCCAAAAACCUUACAUAUCAUAUAGAAAUAUGUUUAAUUCAAAUCAGUUUAUCUAUUUGGUAUAUUUGCAUUGGCUUAAAGCAGCCUUACCAAUCAUUUAGAACACUUAAUCCAAUCAAUUAUUAGUAUGGGAGCGGCAGCAAGACAUCAAGAACCAUCACUGAACAAAGGGUAUAUGUGACCGUGAUUACCGUUUAAGGACAUCCGGCUAGACGACAGUAUCAUCCAGCCAUUUGGGGGAUACUCAGUUCUUAUACUAAUUUACAUUUAAAGUGAAACUCAUUUAAAUUACACACAGGAAACACUGUUUAAAAGGUUUGAGCAGGAUUUGUCCUGUGUUCUUUUUGACUCAGAUCACCCCAAAGUACUUUAUGUAUUUUGUCACUGCGAUGCUGCAAUAAACUUCUACAUUAAGAUCU